CGCGGUUAAGUUUGUUUUAGCUCUCCAGCUGAUCAACCCGAAGCCGAAACGCGGAGCAGGAGAGACACUCGGAGGAUGGAGUUUUUCACAGGAAACCCCUUUUCUACUCCUGUGGGUCAACUUAUAGAGCAUGCCACCAGUUCCUCCCUCCCGUCAGAAGACUGGGGCCUCAACAUGGAGAUCUGUGACAUUGUCAAUGAAGCACAAGAAGGACCUAAAGAUGCAGUCAGAGCGAUAAAGAAAAGGAUUCUGGGAAACAGAAAUUUCAAAGAGGUCAUGCUGGCUUUGAGUGUUUUGGAGGCUUGUGUGAAGAACUGCGGACACAAAUUUCACAUUUACGUGUCCACCAGAGACUUUGUGGAGAAUGUAUUGGUCCAAACCAUCCUGCCAAAAAACAACGCACCAGUGGUUCUCCAGGACAGAGUCUUGAUCAUGAUACAGGCGUGGGCUGAUGCCUUUCGCAGCUCUACGGAUCUGACGGGUGUCGUGACCGUAUAUGAGGAUCUUCGGAGAAGAGGAGUGGAGUUUCCCAUGACAGAACUGAAUGGAUAUUCCCCUAUUCAUACUCCCAACAGGACUGUUGAAAGUGUGUCUCCGGUAAAGGAAAGUCACUCCGUCACAUCCUCACAACCACAGAAUACAGAGACGCCUGUCACACUGUCUCCUAAACAGAUGAAGACGAUGAAGGCUGAGCUGGAGGUGGUGCGCAAUAAUCUCUCAGUGAUGUCAGAUAUGAUGAAUCAGAUGGAGCCCGUGACUUUUGAGCCGUCCGACACAGAGCUGUUACAGCAGCUCUACUCCAUGACCAAGGACAUGCAGAGCCGAAUGGUGGAGCUCAUUCCCACACUGACUGAUGAGAAGCUCACAGAACAGUUACUCAACGCCAAUGAUGACAUCAACACCACGUUCGCACAGUAUCACAGAUUCGAGAGACAUCUCAGCAGACAGAGCAGUGCACAGCCUAAUGUACCUAGCACAAAUCUCACAGACUUGGAUUCUUCCAACCAGUUAAAGGCAGCAAAUGGUGCUCAUCAAUCAGCAGUCAACACACUCUCCAAUCAGAUGUCAGGAUUGAGUACUAAAGGAGAUGACCUAAAUUUUAAAAGCAGCUCAUUACUAAAAAGUCCGGAACGCUCUGCAGCUCUGGCCACACCUGGACGAGACACUGGACUGGAUGAGAGUCGAGACUCCACCUCCCUCGGCAGCUCGCCUCAGUUUCUUUGGAUGAUUGAAAAGGGAAUGAUUCCUGUCAAUCAGAGUGAAGUGAUGGACGACAUUGAACAGUGGCUGGAUGUUGUGGAUGAUGAGGAUGACUCUGAGGGAGUGACUAGUGAAGAGUUUGACAAGUUCUUGGCAGAAAGAGCGAAAGCAGCUGAACGUCUUCCUUCAGUAAAAGCGUCACAUCAUGAUUCCGGCCGUUCACAACUGUAGUUACUCCUCUGCACAAACCCUUUCAGAACUGUUUGUAUUUCAGUUAAUAACCAUGUGCUCACCUUUCAAAGUAUUUCUGGCCCAUUUUUAACCAUUUGCUUAUUGAGUUCUGUAAAUGUAAACUUUAGGUUAUUUGAGAAGUCUGAUAUCAGAGUCAUUUGGAUUGCAGAUGUGUCAUCUUAUGAAAUAUUUUUAUAACUAGACACUAAUUUCUUCUUUACUGACAUUUUGGUUGUUUGGUCGUUUUCUUUAAUCUUGAGAGUGGUGGCGCAUGAAAAACAUUAUUGAUCUUUUUUGAAAGAUCUUGAUGGUUGAGGUACUGUAUGGAAGCCUGUUUACAAAAAGGUCAUCGCAACUUUAACACACAAUUUAGAUAUAUUUUUUCUAUCUGAGAAGAAUAAGUCAGAAUUGCAAAAGAUAAACAGAAUUGUAAGAUUUAAGCUCAGUUUUAUCUCACAUUUCUGACUUUUUCAAUUUCUGUGUCAUAAUUCUGACUUUUUCAGAACCGCAAGAUUCUUUAUAAAAGCUGUUUAACUUGGGGAGAAAAACCUGUAUUGCAAAUGUAUAACUUGCAAGAUGUAAACUCGCAACUCUAAACAGAAAAGUUCAAAUUGUAAGAUGAAAUAACUCGCAUAAAUAUUAAAUCCUUGGUGAAAACAAGCUUCCAUAGCUUAAAGUUGUAUGUAUGUAUGUAUGUAUUAUAUUCAGCUGUUUUGAAGGAAAUGGAUUUUAUAACAGGAAAAAAACAUUUGUAGUUUACUUUUGUUUCUUUAAAUGAAUAUGGUUUAUGACUGCAGGCUGCUCUAUAUGUCUUUAGUAUGUCAAAUAUUAGUGUUUGUAAUCUGUAAAACCUUAAUAAGGAGUUCAUAAUAAGGGGUAUGUUAAAAUCUCAAAUAAAAUGAAGCUUAUUUUGAAAUCUUUUAA